AUGUCGUCCACCACCAACGCAUCAUCCAACGUCUCUAUUGAUAAGUUCAAUGGAGACAACUUGACUCCGACUUUCGCCGACCCGCGAGCGUCCGAUGACUACAUUAAGACGAGCAACGUCGCGUUUGGUAUGAUGCUGCUACACAUAAAUGCGGACUACCACCGUGUGCUUGACAGCUGCGAGGAAGCGUGGGUUGCGUGGACACGUCUGAAGAUGCUGUACGGUGGAUCGCAGAAGGCAGGACGCACCUUUUCAAAGCGACAACUUUUCAGCACCAAGAUGGAUGAAGGCGCGAACGUCAUGCACCACUGCAACGAGGUCCUCAACGUCUCCGCUAAGCUUAGCGGCAUCGGUGCGAAGAUGGAAGAAGAAGACGUUGCAAUCUGUCUGCUGCUUAGUCUUCCAAAGAGCUACGAAAAUGUGGUGCUCAACAUGGAAAUGAGCAGCGCCGAGCUUCGUAACCAAGAUGUGGUGAGAGUGCUGACGAAUGAGCACGCCAAGAGCCAAGGAGAAAAAAAGGACAGCAACAACGACUACGUGGGACAUAAUGAUGAAGGCAAUGGCUACGAUCGAGUGGCGUUUGCAGUCUCGCUCGGAUGUGGAGUUUCGACGAGCAAGGACGUGUCUGGAAUUUGGGCCGUCCAUCGUGGUGCAACGCACCACAUUUGCCACGACAAGACCAAGUUUGCAAGUUUGGUAGAGCGCAAUGAGGGCGAACUAUUGGUGGCUGAUGGCAACAAAGUGGCCAUCAAGGGUGUUGGAACCAUCAUGGAAAAUGUGGUUCUGACCAACGGCGAAGAGCGCGAGAUCGAGAUCAAGAACGCGUUACAUGUUCCAAGUAUGAGCAAGAACCUGCUUUUGAGUGACGUUGGCUUUAAUAGCGACGAGCUGGUGUCGAUAUAUUAA